GAACUCGCGAUACGCAGAGGAUUUUGAGAAGUGAAAGGAAGUCAAAGCUGUGGCUGCCUAAAUGUUUUCAUAAGAAACCUUCACCUUCUUGAUGCUCAAGUAGAAGAGUUUGGCUUCAAUUUCCUUGAAGCUCGAAGUCCCAAACGCUAUAGGCGUUUUUUAAAUUUAUUUAUUACAAUAUGAUGGUGUUGCGUUUAUCAGUUCAUGGAAUGCCAACUUGUUCUAACUUUUCUCAAUCAUGAAUCAAACUAAACGCACUAAGGGUCGUGGAUCCGGUGGAUUCAACAGGGGUCGAAACAGGGGACAAAAUUUUACACAGUCGCAGAAUGACGAUCUUAAACAGUCCAUGGUUGAUAUUUAUCAAAAUCCAUAUCUAGUCCACUCCAUCGUAUCAUUAUUGGGCUGUUCAGUAGAGGUAACUGUCCCUAAUGGAACGGUUUAUGAGGGUGUUCUCAAGACUGUGUCCCAUACGUUGGAUGUGACCCUUGAAAUGGCACAUAUAGUUCAAAAGAGAAUUGGCCAACAAAAAAUAGAGGAGUAUACACCAGUACCUUCAAAAGAUUGCACAAUAGAAACCCUUGUGAUUGGUUUAAAACAUAUUGUGUGUAUUGCUGCAAAGGAUGUUGACCUGGAGGAGAUCAAGAAAGAAAAUUUCACAGAUACGGCUAUCAGCAGUAGGCUGAAUGGACAAGCUGGCCAUGAACGACAACUACAGAAAUGGGAAGAUCCAUCUGGAGAGCAUGAAGAGAUUGCUGGUGUGCUUGAAGAUUCAUCCAUGAAAAAUGGUCUUGAUCCUGAUGAAAUGUUUGCUACUAAUAAAGAGAAAUAUGGUGUCACAUCAUCGUAUGAUCAUAAAAUGUUAUCUUACACUACCCCUGUAGAAGGUUCAAAGGAACUUGAAGACAGAGCUGAAAUUUUAGCAAGAGAAAUUGAGAAGGAAAACUCACAUUCAGACCGUAGUGAAGUAGACAGUGGUAAGACAGAAGAGGAGCUCUUUUCAGCAGUAGUCAGAGCUUCAGGGAAGUCUAAAGUACAAGGAGCUAGCAGUAGAGAUGAAAAUAAACGGGAUGCAGUUCCUGCGAAGGAUCUCCCUGCAGUCAGCCCACCCAAACCACAGAGGGUCCCAAAAGAAAGAGACAGCAGACUAUCUGACAACACCCCUAAACCUACAGCAGUUGUUGAACAGGUCAAAUUGCCAGCAAGAGAUACUAACACUAUAUCAGCUGAACGUGAACCAAAAACAGAAAGUUCCUCUGUCAAACCUGUACCAAAGACACAGGUAUCAGCAGCAGAGAGUAGCAACACUAAUGUAGAUGCCAAACAGCCCAAGGGAAAAACACCUGGAAGUUCGAGUUGAAUGCAAAUGCACAAGAAUUCAAGCCUCGGCAACAAUUACCGAGGACACCUCCAGCCUCUCAGCAGCAGCAUGUUCCUGUACCAUCACCAACACAACAUCUUUAUCAUCCUGGUGGUCCAGGCCCACAUAUGCGCCAACAACCUCAAAUGAAGCCCCAUUUACCCUUUAACCAUACUGCUCAGAGAUACUUCCCUGGCCGUGACCCUAACGAUCCACAUGGAGGGAUGUCUGCAGCUGCUGCCACAGGAAACCCAAUCAUUACACAAGGAUAUCCUCAUUAUAUUACWGUUCCGCAAAGUCAUCAGUUCCAUGGGGGAAUGCUACAUAUGUCUAAUCCACAGGGCCCAUUCAUGCUCCAUGCUGGACCACAGGGAGCCCAACCACAUUACUUGGUUCCUCAUUCUGGUGGCAAUACACCAGUCCAAGUGAGUGUGGCUCAAACUUAUCAAGACAAUACUCCUGUACCUGUUUAUGGUGGUGGUGCCAUUCCAAUGACCCCAUCUUCGCCCUACCAGGGGUCACCACAGCCAAGCCCAACCACCCAGGGCCAAUUUCUACAAUGUUUUCCACCACAAGUUAUGCAGCAACAGCAAGGAAACCAGCCUCCAAUACCCCAUACAAUAAUGCCCUCGCCAAACCAUAUGGUAAUGGUGCAGCAGCAAGGGGGACCGCAGACUGUAACAAUGGCUGGCAUUCCGGUAUCAGGAUCCCCAGGCAGUCCCAUGAUACAACAGUACAUACCAGGACCAGUUCAUGGAUACCCUGCAUCUAGGAAACAACCGCAGCUCCAGUCCGGUCAUUAUAGAUAGCAAAUGCAGAAUUGUCAUUGAAUAAAGGACCCACCAGCCUCACUCAUAUCCACCGUCAGCAACAUAAACACCACAAACAACAGUUAAGAGGUCUGCCCAUCUGUUGAUUUUUCCUCAUCUUCCAUUGUUUCCUCCCUCCCCUCCCCAACCUGAAUUUGCUGCUACCAGAAGUGUGCAUACUUCUGUUGCUGCCUCGUCCAAAGGAGCUUACUACCAACUGCAAGAUGAAUUUGGCCUUCACUUUUAAUGUUAUGAGGAGAAAAUAAUGAUAAAGCUAAUAAAAUGUGCUUGUUCUUUUA